AUGGCUGCCACGACAGACUCCCAGCCCCAGUUCGAGCGUGACCUUCGAAGCGCACAUCAAGACUACAAGAGGGACAAGGACUCACAGUCCAAAUGGUCCAACGGCGCUCGUCCGCUUGUGGGUUGCCGUAUCGACUGGGCCAACCUGGAGGCUGUUGGCGGUACCGAGCACCAGCGCGCCAAGAGCCGUCCAAGGGUCAAGAACAGCGAAAUCUCCCAUUACAGAAAGCCUCAAAAUAACGUUACCAAGAUGCGCCCUCACUGGACCUCGAACCAAGGGCGUCUAAAUUCCACGAUGCAGGCCAGGGAACAGAUUAAGGAUCCUUUGAGCCAGUCGCUCAUGGACCUGGUUCCAUCUGAGGACGGCUGGAGGAAGAGUCUAGCCGCCUCGGAGGACUGGAAGUACAGUUUCGAUAGUACUGUGAGCCCCAAUCGCCCGCUGACACUUGACGUCUUUGUCAAGACUUCGGGUCGCGAGACAGAGCGCAUGGUGGAGAAGGAGUACGAGAUUCUCAACGAGAACGGUCAGGUUCUCAAGGGUCGCAAGGCACGUCAGAGUCUCCGACAGGAGCACGCCCCCGUCGCUGAGGACGACGGAUUCCAGCUCGUUUGA